AUGUAAAAAAUUUCUAAUUCUUUUUUUAGAUUAAGUAAAGUAUAUUUCAGAUUUAGUGGUUGUGGUAAUUGUCAUUGUUGCUAGAAUAAGGAUUGUAAAAAUAAUAAAAACACUAAAUAGAUUCCAAUCACUAAAAAAUAUUCUCAUUUAAUCAAUUACAAAGAGACUGAUUAAGUAACAGAAAUCUUAACAGAAGUCACUUAAAAUACUGAUAAUAAAGAAUUUGAAAAAAAUAAUCAACCUUUUUAAGUAUUUAAUAAGAAAAAUAUUAACAAAAGAGUAUGA